AUGUCGCGCAUCCCCGUCCCCAGCCGGCACUACCAUCCCGACGAUCGUCCAGAGUCGCCCUCGCCCUCGCCCUCGCCCACGCCCCUCCAGGCCUCGCAGUCCUCAAACCUACCGUCCCGCCCCCUCUCCACGUCGACGCCCAUCAAAGACAUGAGCUCCAUCAGCGGCUACCGCAACUCGCCGCUCAGCAGCGAGGCGACCGACACCCGCAAGCGCCAGUCAAAGCGCGACGAGGCGAUCCGCAAAAAGAUCGAAGGCGAGCUGCAGCGAAAAGCGGGCAAGCCCGCCACGCCCGUGUCUAGGCGCCGCAAGCCCACCCGGCCCCCCGCAGCCGCCGGCACCGUCUCGGCCCUCCGUCCGCUCCCCGCCCUCACCGUCCCGCAGUCGAUCAGCGUCGCCGAUGCCAGUCAGCUCUGCGCUGCCAAGCGCACCGACUGCGUCCUCGUCGUCGACGAUGAAGAGCACCUCGCCGGAAUCUUUACCGCAAAGGACCUGGCCUUCAGGGUCGUCUCUGCUGGCCUCGACGCUCGCAACACGCCCGUCAGCGCCAUCAUGACCCGCUCGCCCAUGGUCACGCGCGACACGACCAGCGCCACCGAGGCGCUCAACACGAUGGUCACCCGAGGCUUCCGCCACCUUCCCGUCUGCAACGAGGACGGUGAUGUCGUCGGACUGCUCGACAUCGCCAAGGUCUUCUACGAGGCCCUCGAGAAGCUCGAGCGCGCCCACGGCUCCUCACAGAAGCUCUACAACGCCCUCGAGGGCGUGCAGAGCGAGUGGGGUGGCUCGGCCGGACCGCAGCAGGCCAUGCUGCAGUACAUCGAGGCGCUGCGGACCAAGAUGAGCAUCCCCGACAUUGCCAGCAUCCUCGACUCCCGGACGCUGCCGUGCUGCGUCGGUGUCCGCACCACGGUCCGCGAGGCGGCCCGGCUGAUGAAGGAGCACCACACCACCGCCGUCUGCGUCAUGGAGAGCUCCGGCGGUCCAGGCACCGGGCAGAUUGGCUCGGGCGGGGCCGUCACCGGCAAGAUUGCCGGCAUCUUUACCAGCAAGGAUGUCGUGCUGCGCGUGAUCGCUGCCGGCCUCGACCCCAAGACCUGCAGCGUCGUCCGCGUCAUGACGCCGCACCCGGACACGGCCCCUCCCUCGCUGACGAUCCAGGAGGCUCUGCGCAAGAUGCACGACGGACGCUACCUCAACCUGCCCGUCGUCGACACCGACGCGCGCCUGGUCGGCGUCGUCGACGUGCUCAAGCUCACCUACGCCACCCUCGAGCAGAUCAACAGCAUGAACGACGAGGCCAGCAGCGACGGCUCAGCUGGCGGCCCCAUGUGGAACCGCUUCUGGAACAGCUUUGGACAGACGACGAGCAACCACGGCGACGACGAGAGCGCCGUCAGCGGCAGCGUGCGCCAAUCGGAGAGCCAAUUCGACAUUCCUGGUACACCGUCCAAGUCCGGCUUCGUUGGCGACCUCAGCAGCGACCUGCACCCCAACGACAGCGCCAGCGCCGUUGGGAUGCCACUCAACGGCGAUGACGGCGGAUCCGUCGUCGGCCAACAGGUCGCCGCCGCAGUCGAGACCGACGACGGCACCUACCUCUUCAAGUUUGUCACGCCGAGCGGCCGCACCCACCGCUUCCAGGCGCGAUACGACAGCUACGAGACCAUCCGCGAGAUUGUCUGCAUCAAGCUGGGCGGAGACCCCUUUUUCGACCCCGCCACCGCUUCCACCGUCGCCACCACUGCAUCGGCCGACGGCACCGCCGCCGAGGAUGGUGGCCAGGCCAACGGCGUCGCGGCGAGCUCCUCGAUCGAGACUCCCGAUCCGAACGACUUCCAGCUCGCCUACACCGACGACGAGGACGACGUGGUGCUGAUCACGGCCGACGGCGACGUCCAGGAUGCCGUCAAGGUGGCGCGCAAGCAGGGCAGGGACCGCGUCGUCUUGCUCCUCCAGGGCGGGCGCGGCUGGGAGGAGGCCGCGGCUCGCGCCAGCGCCAGCGCAACAGCCGCCAACGGCAGCGCCCAGUCGCUGCAGAGCAGCGGCGCAGCCAACAAGCGCAGGCAGCGCGAGGCGGCCGAGGCGCAAUUGCAGAGCGUGCAAGAGGAGGAGGAGAAGGAGCUCGGUGAGGAGGCCGAGGCGACGCCAGUCAAGCGAAAGUCGAAGAAGGGUGCAAAGGGCGGCGACGACGACGAGCUCCUCUUUGGCGUGCUGCCGAAGGAGCUCGCCCUUCCCGCCGCGAUCGGCUUCCUCGGCGUCGCCGUGCUGGCGGCCGUUGUCGUGACCCGCGGUGGCGGCAACUCUCGGUGA